AUGUACUCACCAAUUGAUUCCUCCAGCGAUAGCAACGAAUAUGAUCAUCAUAUAGUCUUUCCAGAUAUAUAUACACUUAUGAUGAGCCGUGGAGUUACAAUAGAUAAGUCAAUGAUGUCUCUUUUCCCAGUUGAAAACGUACUUCCAGAACCAGAAAUAAAUGUAGAGAUACCAAUAAAGAAAAGAAAAGAAGGUAAGCGUACCCUAUUUUCUGAUUCUCAACGUUCAAUCCUUAUGCACUGGUUGAAGAAUCAUCAAAGUAAUCCUUACCCAACAGCUACAGAAAAGCAAGAAUUAAUGGAUAAAACAGGCCUAAAUCGUGAUCAGAUUAACGUUUGGUUCACAAAUAAUAGAGUUCGCCAUGGAAUGUCUUGCUCUUCUCAACAUCAUGGCAAAAAUUCACAUUCUCACGGAUAUUCAUUCCGUUCUUCUCAUUAA